AGGUUUUUCCAUAUAUAUAUAUAUGGAAUAUUUUUCACCCUGUUUCCAAUUACGUGAACGUGCAAAGUUACGCCACGACAUCAAGGUGAUCUACUCAACAAGAUGUAUAGUUUCUAAGUUUGGUAGACUCGAUAUUACAAGAAAUGAAAUUGAUCGGCGAUUAACUUUUGAUUCGACGUAAUGUACUCCGACAAUAUAAAAGUUGCUAGAUUUAAAGAAAAAUGCAAAGAAAAAAGAUACCUGUGUACAUGGGAGAAAAGCUGGGAGACGGUCUCGAACGCCUGGCAACGAAUUUCCAGCAUAUCUUCGCCUUCCAUCGACCAGGAUUGCGCCAGUUCGGCGGCCAAGACUAUGUAAGGAAUUAAUUACGAGCCGGUCUCGCUUUCGAUUCCCGAUUAUUUCGAUGAAUCGCUCGUUUCCUCACCGCAAUUCGCCGCAAUCGUAUUGCGCAAGUCGGCGGCAAUGAAACGUAUAGUUGCGCGAUAAAUGACGGAUACGAGGGUGGUAAUCUUUCCGUUUCCUCAACGUCAACGUCGGUUUUCGAAAUUCUUUGCCAAUGUCGUGUAUAAAACGUGUAUGCUCGCGCGGAGAUCCUCUAGUGGGAUCUUUUCAAUAAUUCUUUCGCCGGGCAUCAGAGGCAUUCGUUAUGAAGUUUCAUUGUCUGUUGGUGAGUGAUGUUAUUUAUUCGAAUUAAGUUUUUGCAUCAAUAUCGCAAAAAUUUUCCCCAUAAAGAAAAUUCUCGAUCUUUCGAAACAAGGAUUUAUCUUGGUAAAACUUGGUUCCAGUUGUGUCUUGCGACGAUUGUCGUUUGCCAAGCAAGGAGAAUACCGAGAAUACCUCAACAUCCGUAUUUUCCCAAUUUCCAACAACACGUUUAUCAGCCACGCAAUUAUCCGAACGAAUUGCUAGGGGACCAGCAUAUCGGGCCGCCUUUCUUCGGGAAUUAUAGAACGCAAGAAGGGAAUACGGGCGGAGGGAACACGGGGAGAGAAGAAGGCGUGGGACAGGAUUAUUACGAUCAUCGAAUUCCGAUCGACGGUCAACCGAAUUUCCUUCAUCCUUUCGCGGCAGUCCCGUUCGACGAUAUCCAUGUGAACAAUGGGGACUUCAGGGGCCGAGACAUCGACUCGCCCCAUCGAUACGAACGAUUCAACCAUCCGCCCAAUUAUAAUAAUCACCAAUUGUAAUAAAAUUCUUUUCUUUAUACGAAGAAUUGAACGAAGAAAUAGAAAUUGAAUCGCAAUCGAAUCAAUCGAGUAGAGCUAGCAAUCUCUUUAUUUCUCCUCUUCUCUUUACUCCUUUAUAAUUCAAUAUAUAUAUAAUAUAUAUUGAACGUUAUAUCGUUAUAAUAUAAGUUAAUAUAAUAAUUUGUGUAAAUAACGUUAUUAUUAAGAAAGAAAACAACGACGUGAUAAUGAUUAACGCUAGGCUCCCCUUUCUCGUCGAUUUUCUCAUUUACACUUUAAUAUUUACAAUGCUUUGUUUUCUUUUUUUUUUUUUUUGGCUCACGCUGUUUUAUUUUUAUUUUCUUUUUUCUCUUUCUUUUUUUUUUUUUACGACUUUGGACCAUUCGGUACCGUUUCGAGACGGAGGAGAGAAAAAAGAACGAAUCCUCGAAACGGGUACCUUCUCGAUCUGUAAGAUCGUUCCAUGAUCGAGGCUCUAUCUCUAAGGCUCUAAUAAAGGCGGCCGGUGUUGGUUUGCGCCAUAAUUGGCUUUCCAUAAUUCACUCUAUCCGGCCGUAAAAAAAAAAAAAAA